AUGACUCGGCCGAUGCAUCAGGACGCCACCACAUCCGCAGCCGAAACUUUUUUACGGAGUACUAUGGUGCUGCUACUUUUACUGCUGUUGAUGUUCUCCUUGUCGUCGUUUCCAUCGGUCACCGCCGGGUGCCCUUACAAAUGCUCGUGCAAAGAUGAGCUGACUGUCUACUGCCCUGGCCAGGGACUGGACCGGAUACCCGACAACAUACAUCCGGCUACCAAAGAGCUGUACUUGACUUUUAAUAAAUUCAUGGAUACCGAAUCAUUAGCUCAUCUUACAGAGUUACAGUCCUUGGAUUUGGGCUAUAAUGAAAUCAGGAAUAUCGAAUCAUUAGCUCAUCUUACAGAGUUACAGAUCUUGGAUUUGGGACAUAAUAAUAUCAGGGAUAUCGAAUCAUUAGCUCAUCUGACAAAUUUAAAGUCCUUGAACUUGGAAUAUAAUAAAGUCAUCGAGAUUGGGGUUUUUAAUAACUUAAUGAAUUUGCAUGAAUUAAUCUUGAAUGACAACCAAAUUCAUAAGUUUGAUUUGGAAAUGUUUUACGGACUUACAAAACUGAAUACACUAGAUAUUAACCAUAACCCGUUGAAGUGCGAUUGCAAUAUUCUAUUGUUUGUAAACGCUCUGAAGAAAACUUUAACUCAGGAUACUCUGGUACUCACCUGGAGUUGCAACCCGUUUUAUCGUUAUCCUGUAGAAAUUCACCCAAAAUCGUUGAAGGAAAUAACCGAAAACGGUUUUAAUUGCACGUCUCCAGAUGUAAUCGUAGUACCAGAGAACAAGACGGUGUUGGUCGGUGAACAGUUACAACUCUCGUGCAAAGCCCUAGGAGACCCGGAACCUUUUAUAACGUGGGCCAAAGACGACAACGAUCUAGAACUUGGCCAAAGAGUUCAGGUAUUACAAAACAAUACAUUGAUUAUAUCUAAAGUGGAAAGAACGGACGGUGGUCAAUAUAAGUGCGUGGCGUCCAAUUUUUUUGGACGAAAAUCUUUCGAGGCGAUAGUUAAUGUAAACGGUUUGGCGGAAAAUGGUUGUAAUACCAUGUUUGAAGCAAUACCAGGUUUUUUUUUUAUUAUUAUAUUAGCGAAUUGCCUAUUGUAUAAUGAAAUAUUGUAA